AUCGUAGUCUUCGGCGAACCCAGCGUAGGAAAGACAUGUUUCAUCGACCAAUUCUGCUACGGCAGAUCGUUCGUCAUCUACGACCCCGACAAUAGCGUACUCUCACACAAGAUAGUUGUGGAUGGUGAAGCCUCGGAUCUAACUCUCAUGGAUCUAAGCACCUCGUUUCUCAAGCCGGAGCACGCAAUGCAAUACACCGAGUGGGCGGAGAAGAUGCUUGCUGAAGCGGAUGGCAUUGUCCUUCUAUAUGAUGUUACGAGCUUGGCGAGUUUCGAGUAUGUCAUUGAUCAGGCGUACAAGUUUCUUUGGGGGUGUCGUAGGUUGAAGAGUGAGAGUGAUGAAGAGGAUGGUGGGGGCGAGCGUGGGAGUUUUGGGUGUGUGCUCGUUGGGAAUAAGCUUGACCUUGUAGAUGCUGGGAAAGAGAGUAAAGCAGUCGGCCGGACUCUAGCGGAAGAGUGGGCGCAAUCUCAGGGUAUCAGGAGCAUCGAGAUGGUCUCACUUGAAAGAGAAGGACCGGAGAGUGCGCUCAAGCUGUUGGUGGAGAAUAUCAAGAAGGUUGAAAGGCUGGAGGGGAGA